UGGGACAGCAAAGGCCAGUUGAAGUUGAGGUUGUUCGUUUGGCAAAAUGCGUCUGUUCGUUGCUCUGCUUUGUGUCAGUUUGGUGGCAGUGUCCUCCGGCCAGUUGUCCCGGCGCGGAAGAUUGGGUCGCUCCGCUCAGAUAAAACUGGCGGUGGAGCCACCAACUCUGCUGGUGAAGAAUGCCGGAAUCGUGCCAUCCGUGCUGGUGAAGAAUGCCGGAAUUGUUCCCGCUGUCGAUGUGGCCGCUGAUGUAGAAUCGCCCAGCAUCCUGCCGCAAGUGUCCACUUUGCCCUAUUAUCCCCGCUACUGGCCCGACUAUGGAGCAUCCACUGGCGGCUGGUAUCCCCGAGGCUGGAACAGUCCCCGCUACUGGAACAACAACAACUUCUACGGCUACGGAGCACCCUUUCUGCCCAGACGUCGUUUCGUCAAGCCCGUUGUUACACCUGUUGUGACACCCGUUGUGACACCCGUUGUGACACCCGUUGAAGAUCCCGCAGCCUCGUCCUCCUCCUCCUCCUCCUCCACCACCACAACCACCACCACUGUCUCCGGUGACAAUUCUGAGGACUCUUCAUCCACUGUGGAUGCCGCCGUUGACCCCGAAGUGGUUGCCGAUCCCGUCGAGCCCGUGUUCACCACCCAGGUGAUCUAAGGAGCAAAUGGGAUCAAGUUAAAAUAAAGUUAUGUACAUAUUG